AAAUGUCAGCCUCUAUCAUUCUACCUCAGAUAAGCGGCAACUUGUUGCAACUGAAAGGAAGAGAAAAACAUGUUUUAACUUUUUAUUCAGUGGUAAUUGGUAUAUGAAAAAUUGUUUUAUAUUGAUAUAUAUUUGUGGAAGUACUUUUUGGAAUACGUUUAUGGAUAAAUGAUAAAACAAAUUAAAGAUGUCAAGUAACAGUUCCGGAGACUCCUACGCAAAUGGGGAUACAUCCGGUCAUAUUUCUACAACUUCAACCCUUUCUUCUAUCAUAACCGAUGCCAUUCAAGGUAUCUCAACGACUGACCAAAACAUCCUUACAACGACGAUUAACAACAGUAAAAUACUGUCGUCGUUAUCGUCUACCUUUGCCAAUACCACAUCAUAUUAUAUGAAUGUUUCAACUGCUCCAGGGGAGAUUUGUACUUACCCAGCAUUCCACGAGUUUCCGCCGGACUUAUUUACAAACAGCCAACGUUCCCACGGUGCUAUCAUCUUGCACAUUUUUCUCGUUAUUUACAUGUUUGUUGCACUCUCCAUCGUGUGUGAUGAUUAUUUUGUCGCUUCACUUGACAAAGUGUGUGAGCGCUUUGGAUUUAGCGAAGAUGUCGCGGGAGCCACUUUUAUGGCCGCAGGAAGUUCAGCACCGGAAUUAUUCACAGCGAUUAUAGGAGUGUUCAUAACAAAAGGAGAUGUAGGUAUAGGUACCAUCGUUGGCUCAGCUGUCUUCAAUAUUCUCUUUGUUAUAGGAAUCUGUGGAGUUCUUAUUAAACAGGCAAUCACGCUGUCCUGGUGGCCUCUAUGUAGAGACUCGAUAUUCUAUGCGCUUGCUAUCAUAGUGCUUAUUCUGGUAGUAGCCGAUUCAAAGGUGACAUGGUAUGAAUCACUUAUCAUGCUUCUCAUGUAUGGGGUCUAUAUUGUUAUAAUGAGAUACAAUCGCACUAUCCAGUGCAUGGUUACGGACAAACUGAAGUGGCUAACGACCGAGAAAAUAUCUGCCAAUGGUAUUAUUGGAAAACAGCUAAACAAGUUUCAAGGGGAUUAUGAGCAAUUCGGCGAUGAUGAUGAUGUGUUUCAUUCAUCUACUGAGGAACACAAUGAAGACCAUACUGAAAUGCAGGAGAUUCCGAGAACCAAUCAUAUGUCAGCUGAUAAUUAUGCUGUGAACUCCAAUAUCAAACUGACAUUCGAGGAAGCAGCUUUCCGAAUUAUGAUGGGUCACAAUUUUCGAGGAAAAUGUAGAUUUACUGCUGCAGCCAGACUUUUGAUUUCCUACAGUAAACGAAUGAAAAGUGAUACUGCCUAUUUACGUCGACAACUUUUUAAGAAAGCAAGCAGGGCGUCAACGAUGCGUUCGUAUGCAAAAUCUGUUAGAAAUUGGAUGAGCAUGGCGUAUGACGAAAACAUAGAUGACUGGAGAAAAAUUCCUAACAUGGCUCAAGAAGGUUACCUUGCAACAGUGAAAUGGGCAAUAGUUUAUCCUAUUAAAACAUUACUUUACUAUACCGUACCAGACAGCAGAAAACCAAGGUGGGAGAAGUACUUUUUAGGAACGUUUGUCAUGUCUAUAGUAUGGAUAUUUCUGUUUUCCUACGUUACAAUUUGGAUGGUCACAUAUAUCGGCUAUGCUUUCCAUAUCCCAGACAGUGUAAUGGGCAUAACAUUCCUUGCUGCUGGCACAAGUAUACCUGAUGCAUUAGCUAGUGUUUUCGUAGCAAAGCAAGGUAUGGGUGACAUGGCGGUUUCAAACUGUAUAGGCAGCAAUAUAUUUGAUAUACUAUUAGGACUGUCAUUCCCAUGGUUCUUGAAAACUGCACUCGUUAGUCCAGGAUCAACGGCUGCAAUCAAUAGUGAGGGCAUGGUAUUUAGUAUUAUUCUCCUUUUCCUUACAGUUCUGCUAACAGUUGGCGCUGUACACUUUUCUGGUUGGCUGCUGAAUAGAUGUGUCGGGAUCACAUGUUUAUCGGUGUAUACCCUUUUUUUGACAAUCUCGGUUAUGAUAGAAUGCAAUGUAUUUGGCUUCGUUAAUCCUCCAAUGUGUGCUGAAUAAUGAUAAAAUGUCUAGGAUCUUCAAAUGUAGAGUAGUAGAAAAAAUACUUCAAUAUAGUACGCGUAAUCAAAAAUGCGGAGAAAGAACAGGAAUGUGUUAUGAUUUUCUUAAAAUUGUGUACGAGUUUAUACUGAGUAUAGUGAGAGUUUGAUGUACAAUAUUAAUAUAUUUGAAUAUCCAUUUAUUGUCAUAUUAUAGUACAAUCAGUAUACCCUUUAUUCACAACUAUUUUCUACAUUAUGCAAGAGCUGAAUCAAACCGAUAGUUUUACGUAUAUAUGCGAAAUUGAAUCUUACAGAAUGUCUGCAUUGUUAACAGAAAAGAAUUCGAAUAUAUCUCAAUGCCUAGUUAAUGGAUAAAAAGUAUUAUUCAACUUGCAUAUUAAAUAAACGAAAUAUAUGUGUCUAAAAUUGUUUUUUUUUUUUUCAACGUCUUUUUUAUUGACAACAAAGUGUUUAAAAUCAGACUGAAAGUUUUUAUUUUAUAAACACGGAUCAUACUGGUCCAUUCAUGCAAGAGGAAGUCGAGUUCAACGUUUCUGUUUUGUGUAAUGCGUGCAAUCCAGUUAUAAUUGGUUUUAUUGGACACAUUAUCGUUCGCUCGAACAUAUGUAGGACAUUUGACAUGCUGAUUCCUUUUUAAAACAUUAAAAGUAUGUAUAGAAA